AUGGACCACCCGUCCCUACCGAAGUCCUUUAAGGGGAACACGGAGUUACUGUUUUGGGCUGAUCUGAUCACGGGAUACGUGGUCGUCAAAGCUGGAUUAUCGCUGGGAGCCCAGGCUGUGGCGGAAAACUACGAGGAAUGCGUCUUCAGACGGUUUGGCGCAAGCGAAGUUAUUAGGCAUGAUCGGGAGCCAGGAUCCAUGGCCGAUUUCUUCCGCUUGUUUAAUCGGAUCGUGAAGAUGAGACAGAGUCCAACCAUGGCCUACCGCCUAAAGGGUAAUGGAAAAGAGGAGCGAACGGUGCAAACGCUAACGAGAGCGCUGAAGAUGUAUGUUACCGACGUCAACCAACAGGACUGGGACGACUAA